UUCAACAAAAAAUAUUUACUUUCGAGCCGUUCACGAUUCUUGCGAUAAAGGAAAAUACUUUUACAGAGUUGUACCGAAGUGCGAAAAUGCCAAUCAGUGAAAAUAGCCACCCUAAGGCUAAAAAGUACAACACAUUGGAAUGUUCCAGCAGUAAAUAUCACCGUCAAGUGAACAAUUUUAAAGAAACCAAUAGGUCACCGCCGAACAAAGUGCAUAGACCCAAGGACAAUGACUUCUAUACGAUAAUUACAUUUUAUGACAGCAUUCCCGACUAUCGAGACAUUAAUCAUCUAUCCGAAUACGAAUUCCAAAACCAAUUGUUGAUGUUAAAGCAACGGCAAUGCGAAAUAUUUCCAGACAAAAGUGAUCGGUCCGUACGAAAAUUAGAUAUUUCUGAUAUUCAAUGUGAUUCUGUCUCCGUUUCAAGUCGCAAAAAUACGGAUUUAGACAUUGACUUUGCUGGACUGAUCACAAAAAACGAUGAGCUCAACAACAGUUUGAAUAAAUGCUUGGGCAGCAGUAAACCAGUGAUACAGAUUAGUAGUGCGAGAAGUAAUCGUGGAAAUAAUGGUGUUAAGUCUUACCGCAGUAAGUCAGUUAGUCCUUCGAGGUUAACAGUACCGCAACCCUUCAAAAUGACUUUAAGGGACGAGAGGGACCAUUCAACGAAUGAUCUGCAACAUUUUUUUGACAAUGACAAUGAAUUGUACGAUGAAGGUAAACUAUCAACAACACACGCUAUUCCUCUAACUUCGAGGAUUCCGCUCUACGAUCGUAUUCUUGCGGAUAAAGCACAUAAGAGCGAAUUGGCCAAACUCAAUUCUGCUAUAGAGUUACAGUCUCAAAUAAAACCGUUUCACUUCAGCGAAAGGCCUAAAUGUCAGCUACGACGAAGUCAUACCUCCCCCCAACUUACCACUCCGAACAAUCAAUCGAAAACUGACGGCUUCCACGCCAAACCUUGCCCGAAGAACUUAUUUAGCAAUUAUUUCUAUCACAAAAUGUGGGAGGACGAAUACUUCAGAGCGCUGAAUCGAAAAUUGCGAGCCGAAGAAUUGUUGAAGAUAUCGUCAUUGCCACCGUCCAUGAAGAAACGAAAUAAAGAUUCUCCCAAGUCGGAGAAAAGUAGCACGACAUCGAUGAAACGGGGUAAGAAACGGAAAAAAGGAACGAAAGGAAAAUCGAACAAUGUCAGCAAAGACGAUGAAUUCAUAACAACAUGUCCGAAUCCCUUCAAAUUCGAAACGGAAAGGAGAAGCACAACACGUUGCUCAAAGUCUCCCACCUACUGCAUAUCGAAUAUUACGAGCAGCAAAUCGUCUUACCAAACCUCACCAAUUCCAAUUUAUCCAUCAGCCCGUCCAAAUUUGGCAGCAAAUUUACGUGUGGAAUGGGCAAGGAAGAAAUUAUCAGAAAUGUCCAUGAAAUCGGAGAAAAAUUGUCCCAAGGAAAGUGGUCGUCGCACCAGUUGGGGUAUAAGAAAAAGCCCCGGAUGGAAAUCAUUGUAUUACGACAAUACGAAUGACGAGGAUAUAUCAUUGCGACUAGCAACGCGACGAGCUGAACAAAAGUUACACCAUGAGGAGCAUCAACUUAAAAUGGAAAUAAUGAGGCAAAGGGUGCGCGCUGCACCUCUGCUGUUAGAAGGUCCAUCGCAUUGGGGACCUCGAACGGUAGCACAUGAUUGCAGGUACGGAAAACCGUUCGGCGAUGACAAAGUGAAUCGUUCAAAGCGUGAUUCAAGGGCAGACUUUUAUUGUGACAAGAAAUAUAACGAUAAAUCUUCCAACUUUUGAGUGGAAGUUAAAAGCAUUCCCCUGGUGAUUCGAAGAUUAGAUUUAAACAAUUACCGCCAUCAUCAUUAUUAUCAACUGAGUAAACAUUUA